AUUGCCUCACCAACUCGUCUCACCCUAUUCCGGUCCAGUACUGGACUGCCAGCGGGACAGCACUAUCCUUUCCCCCCGGUUCUGGAGGCCGCACCCCACAAGCUAUGGAGGUGCUCGUCCUAACUGGAUACCACGCGCAGAAGGACGACGAGCUGAGUGUGGCGCCCGGGGACGUGGUCCGGCAGGUGUGCAACGGGCCGGCCCGAGGCUGGCUACGCGGAGAGCUGGGGGGCCAGUGUGGGCUCUUCCCCGAGCACCUGGUGCAGAAAAUCCCGAAGAGUCUGCGUUGUGCGGGGGAGGUGCCCAGACCGCGCUUUGCGCGCCGCACAGGUGACCUCAGUAAAUCUAGGGGUCCUAAGAGAUGGUGCAAAGUGAACUUCAACUACAGCCCGGAGCAGCCAGACGAGCUGAGGCUGCAAGCUGGGGAGAUUGUGGAAAUGAUAAAGGAGAUUGAGGACGGCUGGUGGCUGGGGAAGAAGAAUGGGCAGCUGGGAGCCAUCCCAUCCAACUUUGUGGAGUUGCUGCACAGUGGGCCCCCAAGCCUUGGCAACUCAGACAUGCCUUCAGUUGUGCCAGGUCUGGAGCGGCCCUCCAAGCUGAGCAGCAUGACCUAUGACAGCCCUCCAGACUACCUGCAGACAGUCUCCCACCCUGAGAUCUACAGGGUCCUGUUUGACUACCAGCCUGAGGCCCCAGAUGAGUUGGCGCUGAGAAGGGGGGAUGUGGUCAAAGUACUGAGAAAGAUCACAGAGGAUAAGGGCUGGUGGGAAGGGGAGUCUCAAGGCAGAAGAGGAGUUUUCCCAGACAACUUUGUGCUCCCACCACCCCCUGUCAAAAAGCUGACCCCACGGACAGUAGCGCCUCGAGACUCAGCUCUUAUUAAGGAAACCAAACUGAAAAAGAUAAUGCCCAAAACUACCCUCCCUGCUGUCAAGAAGCUGGUGACAGCACCCAGUGGGCCUAGCAAAGUCAAGCCAUUUCGGACACCCACUGGAGACUAUUUGAAGCGCCCCUCCCGAGACCCUGGCUCCAGUAGCAACUUUCUCAGCGGGAAUCCAGGCCACCCUGGCAGGAAGAGAUCCAAAGUCCAGGCUUCCCGGCAGUACUCUUCAGCCAGUCCGGAAAAAAAGCACAGCAACCUAAUAAAGACCCUGCCUCUGAAUAAGACCGUGGACAAGACCCCUAUCCCAGAGAAGACUCCUGUCCUCAAGACCCUCACUCCACUGAAAACCCUGACUCCAGAUAAGGUCCCCAGCCCAGAGGAGGCACUGGCUCUGCAGGACAAAACCCCUGCCCCAGAAGCAGUUCCUGUCCUAGAGGAGACCCUGACUCUGGAGGAUGAGGUCCCCAUCCCAGAUAGGGAUUUUUCUGUGGAUGAGACCCCGACCCCAGAAGUCCUACCUGAAGAUGAAGCCCUGUACUCAACUCUGGGCCCUACCCAAAAAAACUUGGCUGUGGAACAAGAGCUCCCUGAGGAGCUCUCCAUUCAAGACAACUCCAAGCUGCAUCAUUUCUCUCCAGAGGAGGCCCUGGCAAAGGGCAAGAAGCUACUUGUGACCAGUGAGGCGCAAUCCCACAAGGAGGUCCCCAGGUUAGAGGAGCCCCCCCUCUUAAUGGCGAAACAUUCGAGUGAGAGGGACGUCUCCCCACCCCAGCCAGAGCCCAUGCCUGCCAGUGGGGACGCCCACCCCCAAGGAGAGGUUCCAGCCUUUCUGCAGGAAGCACCUGCCACGGGUGAAACUACCUUGGAAGUGGGCUCCCUCCUCCAGGAAGAGGUGCCCCCGAAUGAGGAGGCAGCCCUCCACAAGACAACUCCGGCUCAGGAACAUCCUGUCAAGACCACGGGGACUCCAAACCCGCAGGAGGGACCCACCCUUCAAAAUCCCACGGACAGUGCAAACAAUGAAAGUGAUAGACACUUAACACUUCAAGACGAGGUCGAGUCUUUAAAGAGGUCGUUGGAGCAGAUGGGGGUGCAGCUGGAGAAGAAACUCAACCAAAUCUGGGAGGAACUGAAGAACGAGAGGAAGCAGCGGCAGAGACUGGAGGUUCACUUGCGGCGGGAGAACCGGGAGCCCAGCGCACGCAGCUCUGUGCAGACGCAAACGCAUCCGUCCUGAGGGCGGGCCCGGGAGGGACGGAGGAGGGACCGGCUGGGGGAGGGGGUGCCUGGCCCCGGCCACCUACAUCUUUUGCAAACAGCUUGGGGGAAACACCGGAAAGUAAAGUGCGGUGAACGCA